AUGGAUGGAAAUCACAUCCCUUCCUUUUACCGCAUGGUCCCCAAUGAAGACUUUCAAUACGCAGGAAUUGUCAAGUUACUUCGGCAUUUCAGAUGGAAAUGGGUGGGGCUUAUCAUUUCAGAUAAUGAUAGAGGAGAUCAUUUUUUGCAGGUUGUGGAGCCGAUGCUUUCCAGGAAUGGAAUCUGUAUAGCUUUCAUAGAAAGGUUGCAACCAGCUUUGCGUUUUGAGACCAUAGAAGAAAUGCUAACUAACUUUUUCACUAAUAGUCCAGAUUUUCUGGAGAGAAAAGCCAACGUAGUUAUUGUAUAUGGAGAUAUUACAGCUAUAACACGGCUGACAAGCAUUUUAUGGAUACCCAAAUUAAUGAUUUUCCCGAUAGACCCUGAGUAUAUGGAGAGAACCUCUGCUGGAAAAGUGUGGAUUAUGACAGCCCAGACCGAUUUCGCCUUCACAACCUUUCAAAGGUUUUUGGAUAUACAGAUGUUUCAUGGUGCUCUUUCUUUCACAGGUCACUCAAAUGAGGUUAAUGGUUUCCGAAAAUUUCUUCAGACUGUAAAGCCUUUCUGGGCAAGAGGAGAUAGUUUUAUCAAGGAUGUUUGGGAACAAAUGUUCGACUGUUCGUUCCCAAAUUCUGUGGAUCCAACACAGUUCAGUGAAACUUGUACGGGGGAGGAGAGCUUGGAGAGUGUUCCAGCAACAUUUUUUGAAAUGAGCAUGACAGGCCACAGCUACAGUAUCUACAAUGCUGUCUGUGCUGUGGCACAUGCCUUCCAUCUCAUGCACUCUUCUACAGCCAACCAUAAAACAAUGAAGGAUGUGAGCAGAUUGGCUCCCCUGAAUGUGGAGCCCUGGAAGCUCCACUCAUUUCUGCAGAAGAUCGCAUUCAACAACAGUGCUGGAGAUGAAAUUGCAUUCAACCAUCAGGGAGAACUAGAGGCGGGGUUUGAUAUUACAAACUUAGUCACUUUCCCAAAUAACUCCUAUGUCAGAGUGCAAGUUGGAAGGUUGGACGUUCAGAGCCCUUUAUGGGAAGAGCUCCGUAUUCAAAAGGAUAAAAUUGAGUGGCACAGGGGUCUGACUCAGGUGCCUCCCUUUUCUCUCUGCAAUGACUUCUGCAAGCCUGGUUACAGCAGGAAAAAGAAGGAAGGGGACAAAUUUUGUUGUUAUGAUUGUGCUUCAUGUCCAGAAGGGAAGAUAUCAAACCAGGAAGACAUGGAUUACUGUAUCACUUGCCAAGAAGGUCACUAUCCAAACAAGGCCAGAGAUCAGUGUAUGCCUAAGCUUCCACGAUUCCUUUCUUUUCAAGAACCUUUGGGCAUUAUUUUAGCUUUAUUGGCUCUUUGUUUUUCUCUGAUGACACUUCUGGUACUUGGAACUUUCCUUAAGCACCGAGAUACCCCCAUAGUCAAAGCCAACAACCGGAGCCUCACCUACAUUCUCCUCAUCUCACUACUUCUUUCCUUCCUCUGCUGUUUGCUCUUCAUUGGACCACCGGAAAAGGUGACCUGCCUCCUCCAACCAACCACUUUUGGCAUCGUCUUCUCAGUGGCUCUUUCUUCCAUUUUGGCAAAAACCACUACAGUGGUGGUGGCUUUCAUGGCCUCCAACCCAGGAAAUAUUUUUAGGAAAUGGAUGGGGAAAAAAUUAGCACAUUCCAUUGUCUUUUCCUGCUCUCUGGUUCAGGGUCUCAUUUGUGCUGUAUGGCUGGCAACCUCUCCUCCAUUCCCAGACCGGGACACUCUCUCGCUAUCAGAAGAAAUCCUAGUGCAAUGUCAUGAAGGGUCUGUCACUCUAUUUUACUGUGUUUUGGGCUACCUGGGCUUCCUCUCUACAAUCACCUUCAUUGUGGCUUUCCUAGCCAGGAAGUUACCUGAUACUUUCAAUGAGGCCAAGUUCAUUACCUUCAGCAUGUUGGUCUUUUGCAGUGUUUGGCUCUCUUUUCUUCCAACGUAUCUCAGUACCAAGACAAAAUACAUGGUGGCUGUUGAGGUCUUCUCCAUUUUGGCCUCGAGUUCUGGGUUACUGGGGUGCAUCUUUUGCCCCAAAUGCUAUAUCAUUCUAUUGAGACCUGAACUGAACAGCAAAGAGCAGUUGGUGAGGAAAAAGCAUGCCAGUAUUUCAUAA